AUGGACAUCUCCACGGGAAUCCCCAGCGAGGCCGACGCGCCGCCCAACAAGGGACGCCGCAAGGGCAAGAAGGACGGCGCCAACGACGACGGCAACAAGAAGCGCAGAUGCAUUUCCAGCGCCUGCGUGCCGUGCCGGAAGCGCAAGAGUAAAUGCGAUGGGACCACGCCCGCCUGCUCCGCCUGCGCCGCCGUCUACAACACCGAGUGCGUGUACGACCCGAAUUCGGACCAUCGCCGGAAGGGCGUGUACAAGAAGGACAUCGACAACCUGAAGACGCGCAAUUCGACCCUGCAGACCCUCAUACAGGCCAUUCUCAACUACCCCGAGGACGAGGUCGCCGCGCUGGUGCAGCAGAUACGGACGUGCGAGAGCCUGGAUGCCGUCGCCGAGGCCAUUAUCGCGCGCGAGAACGGCGAGGAGGUGGAUGAUGAGCAGGUCUCGCCGUUUGCGAGUCCCGCGCUUGCCGCGCAGCCCACGUUUGAGUCGCAGCUGUCGGGCAAGAUGGGCGAGCUGAGGCUCGAGGACGGGUCGACGCGGUACAUUGGCGGCACGUCGCACUUGAUCUACCUGGGCGCCGGCAACGAGGAGGCGGAUUCGCCCGCCAACUACUCGAAUCUGGAGCAGUUCCAGCAGACCGAGGACCCGCUGACGUCGUGGACCACCGUUACUUCGGACCCGGAGCUCGUGCGCCAUCUGAUCAAUAUGUACUUUUGCUGGCAUUACAGCUUCUUCACCACGCUGUCCAAACACCUGUUCUGGAAGGAGUUUCAGAUGGGGAAGCCGCCGCCGGGAUCGAGACGGAAAACGGAGUAUUGUACGCCGCUGCUGGUGAAUGCGAUGCUGGCGCUGGGUUGCCAUUUCACGUCGUGGCCGGCGGCGAGAGCUGUGCGCGACGAUUCUGCGACGGCUGGAGAUCACUUCUUCAAGGAGGCGAAGAGGCUGAUACUGGAGGGCGACUUGCACGAAGUUCCGGCGUUGACGACUGUGGAAGCUCUGGCGCUGAUGUCGGUUCGGGAAGCAGGGUGCGGGAGAGAAGCGAAGGGCUGGGUAUACAGCGGGAUGAGCUUCCGGAUGGCCUGCGACCUGGGGCUAAACCUCGGCAUGGCGAGUAAAGAGGGUAUAGACGAGGCUGAAGAGGAUGCGAGGAGAAUAACAUUCUGGGGCUGUUUCUUGUUUGACAAGUGCUGGUCGAAUUACCUCGGACGCCUACCGCAGCUGCCAAAUACUAUAGUGACGGUGCCGAAAUUUGAGGUCUUCCCCGUUGAGGAUUCCGAGACGUGGUCUGCGUACACGGAUUCUGGAGUCAGCCAGGCACAUUCUCAGCCUUCUCGGACACGAGCAGUGGCACUCCAGAUAUCGAAACUUUGUGAGAUCUCCAGCGACUUAAUGAACUACUUCUACAACCCGAUUGACAUGGACAAGGCAAAGGGGAAGCAGGCUGAGCUUAAGAAACUAAGCGACAUCCAUCAGCGGCUGGAGACCUGGAGACGGGAACUUCCAAAGGAGCUGGAACCCAAAGAAGGCGGCUUGCCCCAUAUGCUUGUGAUGCACAUGUUCUUCCAACUCCUCUACAUCCACCUUUUCCGACCCUUCCUCAAGUAUAACCCGAAUAACUCUCCACUACCUGCUCAUGUAUCUCCCCGGAAGCUCUGCACACAAGCUGCCGCCAUGAUCUCCAAGCUCCUCCGACUCUACAAGCGGUCCCACGGUCUACGCCAGAUCUGCAACAUCGUGGUAUACAUCGCCCACUCCGCUUGCACUAUCCACCUCCUCAACCUCCCCGAGAAGAACGCGCGUCGCGAUAUUAUCCACGGCGUCAAGCACCUCGAGGAGAUAGCAGAAGGGUGGCUCUGCGCCCGCCGCACCCUCGGCAUCCUCAGCGUGCUCGGCAAGCGCUGGAAAGUCGAGCUCCCUGAAGAAGCGACCACCGUCCUCGCCCGAACAGACGCCAAAUUCGGCCCCUGGACCGACGUCAGCACGCCCAGACCGGUGAAGUCCCUCGAACCAACCCAACAACCCAUCGAAGAUGCGCAGCAGACGCAGACGUCUCCAGCGCUACAACCCUACAGCAUGUCCCUCGCCAGCACGGCAACCCAAUUCUUCGACCGCUCCGGCAACUCUCUCUCCAUGUCUUCCCAAGCAGAAGCAGCCCAUCGUACAUCCGAGGCACGUUCCCUGCCCCCCAACGACGCAAACCCCCUCGCUUACCCUCGCGCACAGCGCCAGCCCGCAGACCUGCAGCAGCAAUCCGGCUCCACCGCCGCCACGCCCGCCUCCACCCAGGGCCGCCAGUCCAUCGACGCCGCAUCUUCCUCCGGCAACUCGCCCUCCCAGCUCUUCGGCGGCGUCGACCAGCUCAUCCGCGAGGGCCAGGACUGGUGGCUCCGCGACCAGAACCAACUCGCCGUCGGCUUUGACAACUGGAACUACAACGCCGACGAUAUUGCGAGCUGGUUUGCUAGCCAGGCUGGCGGCGCGAUUGGGAGUCCCGGGACGACUGGGGGUGGGUUUGCGACGAGUCCGGUUUUGGCGAAUGGAGCGGGGGCGGAUGGUGGGGGCUUGAAUGGCGUUAAUGGGCUGUAUGGCGGAGGCAUCCCGUAUAAUGAGCAGGACUGGUAUCAGUGA